AUGCCGAAACAGUCGACUAUGGUCAACCGCCUCGACGCGGCGGAUGUCACCGAGCUGGCCCCUGGCCUCCACAAGGUCGAGUGGAUCCCCGAUACGCGCUUUCCUCUCUGCGGCACUUUCGUCUUCCAUCUGGAGGACUACACCAUUGGCUACGUUCUCCGCAACGACCUCCUCAACGACGCUCGAGUGAAAUUCGUCGGGUUGCGCCAGCCUCACCCUCUGGAGCCGAAGAUCGAACUCCGUAUUCAAACCGUCUCGAACAGUCCUUUCACGCUAGUUCUCGAGAGCUUGCGGAAGCGGAAGGCGGCGCUCUCACUGCUUAGGGCACGAUUCAAAGCCGCAGUCGGCGCGGCUCCAGUUGUCCAGACGGCCGACGGCGUUCUGUUCCACUCUGACGAGGCGAAGAGUCUCGAUCCAAUGGGUGUCUCCAUGGUGGGAGGCGAUGUGGAGGGGACGCGGGCAGCGCUGCGGGCGGAGGCUUCUCCAGUCUCCUCCGGUGAUCGUUCUGCGUUCCGGAGAGGCGACGAAACGCGGCCUGUCGAGGGGUGGAGAGGCUCACGCGUGCAUCUGCCACAUCAGGUGUCCGGUGUGCCCGUAGGUACGGAUGUGUGGGGCAUUUCUGCAUAA